AUGAAAAACUUCGAGGAAACACUUUUAAAAUGGGUUAGGAAUAGCGAAACUGCCAUUAAAACUUUAAAAACCUUGGCCGAAGAACUCAAUGUACAUUUUUCAAGAAUAAGCAAAACUAAGAUAGGUGGUUCGGCAGCGGGUAUUGUAGGCGGUGUGUUGGGCAUUGUUGGUCUUGCACUGACACCAGUUACAUUUGGAGCAUCGCUUGGUCUGUCUAUUGCAGGUGGUGUUGUCGCUGGAUUAGGUGGAGCCACUGUUGGGGGGUCAUUUAUUGCAGAUAACGUUCUGUCAAAAAAAACAAAGACAAACGCAGAGGUCGCAUUGGCAACAUAUUCCUCAGAAAUUAAAUAUAUCAAGGAAACAUGUUUGGAACUAGGGCAAAAGUUGAAAGACAUUGGACCAUUAGAAAAGAAAUUUCCGGAAUGGGUACGCUUUUGGAUGUUUUUCGCACAUGGACAAGCAUCAGACAUUAGCAAAUUAAACUGGACAACCACCGAAGAACUCAUAAAUACAAGUAUAACAAAUGUUGAAUCAGCUGCAAGAUUUGUUGGUGGAGGAGUUGGAGCUGGAAUCAGAAUUACCGGUGCUGCUUUACGAGUAACUGGAACUAGUCUGCACGUGGCCAGCGGUAUUAUUGGCGCCCUGAUGAUUCCGUUUGAUAUUUAUACGUUAGUAGACUCUGCUAUUGACGUGCACAAGAAAAACAAACAUAAAACUUCUAAAUUAAUCAUCGACAUAUCUGAGGCAAUUGCGGGUGAAAUUCCUACAACUACAAAAGACAACAUUAUAGAAAUGAUCAAGUGCACAAAAAGCAAUAUUCACGCAUGAUUCCUUUUUGAAAGUGUGUUAAGCAAUUUUCAUGAAUAAAGAGUCAAUUUCCAGAGGACAUAAGAUUGAGAAGCUAACCACAUUUUGAAAUAUUUUUUAACGCAUUUAACAAUGUUUAAUUGGUUCAUCCAGAUGUGCAUUCCGUAUGCAUUUCAACUAUUUCUUCUUUGUGUGAUAUGUUGUGUAUCAUAAUGGUUUUUUUGUGCAGUAAAUUUGAUUAGUAUGGAAAUAGAUUAACUAAAACUAAAAUCAAACAUGAUUUCUG